AGACUCGCGUCUGACAAACGCAAACACAAACUCAAACUCACUCAGACUUAGAUCCCUCUUUACUCCCAACUUGAAUCAAUGGCUGAUCCUGAACUGGAAGCAAUCAGACAAAGGAGAAUGCAGGAGCUUAUGGCUCAACAAGGCGCUGGAGGGGCCAGAGGGCAGCAAAACCCUGAACAGCAGAAGGAAAAUGAUGAUGCCAAGAGGGAGGCAGAAGAACGGAGGCAGAUGAUGCUAAGUCAGAUUUUGUCAUCUGAAGCUCGAGAAAGACUUGCUCGCAUUGCUUUAGUGAAACCUGAGAAGGCAAGAGGUGUUGAAGAUGUCAUACUGAGAGCUGCUCAAAUGGGCCAAAUUGCUGAGAAGGUUUCUGAGGAGAGGCUUAUUUCCUUGUUGGAACAGAUAAACAACCAAACAACCAAGCAGACCAAAGUCACUAUUCAGAGGCGUCGAAGUGUUCUAGAAGAUGAUGAUUGAUAUGGAAUUGUGGCUGUAUAUUGAAACAUAAAGCACUUAUUAUUGGGUUGUGCCUUGUGAAAUAUCUACUCUUUCCAUGCUUCUUCCUCGUCACUUGAAAUUCUGAGUAAUAUUUACAUAUGCAAAUAUUACAUGGGAAGAAAUUUUUCUCCCAUUGUUGUUGUAAGCUUUUGACUUGUCAAUUGGAAUUGAAACAUGGAUAGUUGGAUUGGAA